CCGAGCUUACACCGUGAGAGAAUACCUCUGGUGCUGACAUGACGAGGGGUGCGAUGGCCGCCGGCGGUGCUCCUGUCGCCUGUCUGCUGCUGCUGCUGGCCGCCGGCGUCGUAAGCUGGCGGUACGACCCCCACACCCAGCGCUGGGAGCCCGACCGGGGGCAGCCGGUGGCGAGCGAGCGUCGAGGGCAUACAGCGUUCAACAGCUACGAGCAGCAGUCGGCCCACCAGCAGCGCGGAUAUGAGCACGGCUACUGGGAGGACUCGCCGUACCAGCGCGCGGGCAAUCCCGCCAAGCCCGAGAACUCCAAUGAGAAGAUGAAGGGCAAGAGCGUCGAGUGCAAGAAGAAGAACAAGGCGGGACGCUGUUUGUCGAAGCACGAGCGGGAGCUGCUGCUGCCCAAUGGCUUCUUGCUUGCCGUUGAACCCAAGGUGGCCUUCAACUUGUACGACAACGAACACAUGGGGCGUCUGCGCAUACUGGUCAAGACAGACAUUAUGUACACGCCACCGGCCAACCUAGUGGAUGCCGGCGGUAGGUCACUCUCGUCGUCCAAGACGCUGAUGGACAAGCAAGUCAUCUACAACACGUUUAAGUCCACUGUGUCCAGGUUCGGCGCAGACGGAGAGGCCUGCCUGCGGCGCGCCGUCUGCGAGGUGGCAGAGGCUCCCCUGAGGAGGGACGGCCUGAUCGGAGACAUCCUCAACAUGAUCCUCUCACCGUCGCACCGUCUGGAGGAUGCCGAUACGGCGGAGGUGGCCGGCCUGCUAGCGGCCGAGCGACGUGGACGAGAGGUCGGCCAGUGCCACCUGGCAUAUCCCAGCUGCCCGCUCUCGCUGUUCAACGCCAUCGACUCCGCCUCCGACUACACGGGCAGCAUUCUGGACGCGCUGGCUGACCACGGCGACGAGGCGGUCGUCUCGUGACCGGC